AUGGGUACGCAAAGUAUUUUCUCGAAAGUUUUCCGCCGCAACGAAAGAUCCGAUGCGAUCAGAAGUUUGGAACAGAACGAAGAACUCCUUAAAGGCCCCAAAUCCGAUGAGUUCACGAUGUACCUCAAUCGAGGGCAGGACGACGAGAUGCAGUUCGUCUGCUACAAAAAGUGCAAAAUCAAGACCUUGAUCACGUACGUGUUCUUCUUCCUGACGGCGGGCGUCCUGCGUUUGCUCUUCCAUUGGAUACCGCACUUGUAUCUGCUCGCCACAUGUAACAAGUGCAAAAUCGAAGAGGCCGAGAAAAUCCUGAUCACCGAAAUAUUCAAUAAAAAGCACAAAAUCUACCACGUGCGGCCUCUGCAAGUUCUCACGCCGGAGAGCGUCGCCAAAAUGAAGCGAGAGGACAGCUUGCUCAAUCACCACCAAUUCAUCGAGAGCGACAUUCUCACCACUUUAUCCGUGCACUUCGAAAACGGCGUUUUCAGGGACUUGGAACGAUUGAUCAUGUUCUCAUGCAAGAAAGUGACGUACGUUUGGGACGGCGACAAGCAGGAGUUCAUCAAGCUCACCGGCUUGGAGAACAACGUCCCGACGGAGGCGUUUCACAACUAUCAAGGUUUGACUGCCGGCGAGCAGUUUAUGAGAUUGAAAGUCUACGGAUCGAAUCUGAUCGAUAUCAAACAACAAUCGGUGCUGACGCUGGUGUGCUUGGAGGUCUUGAAUCCUUUUUACAUAUUUCAAAUUUUGAGUUUCAUCCUGUGGAUAGUGGACGAUUAUUAUUAUUACGCUGCCACCAUUAUGGCUAUGACCGCCUUCGGUGUGGUCAUGUCGGUCAUACAAACGAGAAAAAACCAAAAAAACCUGAAAUCGACGAUACACAGCAGCGACGUGUGCACGGUGCUAAGGAGACAUCCCAAGCGAGUCCUCGACGAAGAAAUCCAAGAUGUCCAAUACAAAUCCGAGACCAUCUCCACCGAGCUGCUGGUGCCCGGCGAUAUCAUGGAAAUACCGUCGCACGGUUGCAUCAUGCACUGCGACGCCGUAUUGCUUACGGGCAAUUGCAUCCUCAACGAAUCCAUGCUGACAGGCGAAUCCGUGCCGGUGACGAAAACCGCCCUACCCCACGUGCCGGACGUCGUCUACGAUCCGAAGGAGCACGCCAGGCACACGUUGUUCUGCGGCACGCACGUCAUCCAGACGCGGUACUUCGGCGACGAGAAGGUGCUGGCGAUCGUCGUGCGAACGGGUUUCUCGACGUCGAAGGGGAGCUUGGUGAGGAGCAUUUUGUAUCCGCCGCCGGUGGAUUUUCGAUUCGAAAAGGACUCGUACAAGUUCGUCGCGUUUUUGGGUAUGAUCGCUAGCUUCGGGUUUUUCUACACCGUCGUGACGAAGGCUUUGAGAGGUGUCAGCGCCGGUGAAUUGAUAAUAGAAGCUCUGGAUCUCAUCACUAUAACAGUACCGCCCGCUUUGCCAGCCGCCAUGACUGUGGGCCGAUUUUACGCUCAGAUCAGAUUGAAAAAUAACCAGAUUUUUUGCAUAUCGCCGAGGAGCAUCAACGUUUCGGGAUCUGUCGAUUGCGUGUGCUUCGACAAGACUGGAACUUUAACCGAAGACGGUUUAGAUCUCCUUUGCAUCGUACCGAUCGAAACAAACACAUUCAAACAGUCAGUUUCGAAUGUAGAAACGCUCCCGUACGAUACGCUAGUUUACGGUCUAGUCUCCUGCCAUUCAUUGACCAUUAUCGACAAACAAAUCGUCGGGGAUCCACUCGAUUUGAAGAUGUUCGAAAGUACCAAGUGGGUAAUGGAGGAACCCGAAGUCGACGAUAACAGCAAAUUCAACAUGAUCUCACCGACUGUCUUCAAACCGCCGAAAAACCGCCACAACGCCCAACAAAUCGCCGUGGAGGAUCUUCAAAUCGGUAUCAUUCGAGAAUUCCCGUUUUCGAGCAGCUCCCAGAGAAUGGGCGUCAUCAUCAGGCAUUUGAAAGGAACGCACUUCGAGUACUACUGCAAAGGUUCGCCGGAGAUGAUUUUGAAAUUCGUCCGACCGGAAUCGAUUCCGCGGGAUUUCGACGACAUUUUGGAAACGUACACCCAAGAGGGCUACAGGGUGAUCGCGCUGGCGCACAAGGAAUUGAAAUUGCCCUACGCCAAAGUGUUGAAAGUCCAAAGAGAGGUCAUAGAGAAAGAUUUGAACUUGCUGGGCUUGAUCGUGCUGGAGAACCGAUUGAAACCGGACACCACGCCCUGCGUGCAAGCUCUAAACGACGCUAAUAUCAGAGUUAUCAUGGUGACAGGCGACAACAUUCUAACAGCGCUAAGCGUAGCCAAAGAUUGCGACAUCGUCACGCCGGGCCAGAGCGUCAUAACCGUCAAUUGCGACGGUUCGCAUCCGCCCAACAUCUUCUACACGUUGACCAGCACCAAGAACAAGCUGCCCACCGAUACGAGUUGCCUCAUCAAUUCGACCAGCAUCGUGAGCUUGGAGACCGUCGAGAGUCAAGUGCAAACGAUGACGGCGAGCGCCGCCGCGCCGCCCGUCGCCCAUUCGAAGAGGCCCAGCGUCCUAUUGAACAACUACAGGUUCGCGAUGACCGGAAAGGUGUGGAGCGCCGUGCGGGAUUACCAUCCGGAUUUGAUCGGCAGGAUUGUAACGAGAGGUACCAUUUUCGCGAGGAUGGCGCCCGACCAGAAGCAACAGCUGGUGCAAGAACUCCAAGGUUUGGGCUAUUGCGUGGCGAUGUGCGGCGACGGAGCCAACGAUUGCGGCGCCCUGAGGGCCGCUCACACCGGCAUUUCCCUAUCGGAAGCCGAGUCUUCGGUCGCGUCGCCGUUCACGUCGCGCAAUCCGAACAUCUCCUGCGUGCUGAACGUCAUCAAAGAGGGCCGAGCGGCGCUGGUGACGAGCUUCGGCAUAUUCAAGUACAUGGCGGCUUAUUCACUGUGCCAGUUCAUAUCGGUGUUGUUGUUGUACAGCAUCGAAUCGAAUUUGACCGAUAUGGAAUUUUUGUAUAUCGAUUUAGCUAUCAUAUCGGUGUUCGCUUUCUUCUUCGGUAGAACGGAGGCUUAUCCGGGUACUUUGGCGAAGGAGCCUCCGCUUAGUAGUUUGGUGAGCGUAAGUCCGAUUCUGAGUCUCCUCUUCCAGAUAGCUCUGGUGUUGGGUUUUCAAGUGGUGGCUUUCGAGCAUUUACAAAACGAACCGUGGUAUAUACCGUUUAAAUCGCGCAACGAAGACGAUAUCGCUUGCGUGGAAAACUACACGAUCUACACGAUAUCCAGCUUCCAGUACAUUAUAUUAGCCGUCGUUUUUUCUAAAGGUAAACCGUACAGGAGGAGUAUAUGCUCGAAUUACGGGUUUUUUAUAAGCGCCAUCAUCAUGACCCUCAUAUCCGCCUACCUCGCGCUCUAUCCGGCCGAGUUCCUCGUCUACCACUUCGAGCUGGUCGUGCCGCAGGACAUGAAUUUCCGCUUGUACCUGUUGUGCUACGCCGGCGCGAACUUCCUGCUCAGCAUGCUCGUCGAGCACUUCGUCAUCGACAAGAUAUUCUUCAAGAAGUUGCGCUUCAAGUUCCACAACGUGGACAAGUCGAAGCGCAAGUACCUGGCGAUCGAGCGCGACCUGAACAACGACAGAAAAUGGCCGGUGCUCACGUCCGAUUUCAAAUCGGCCACCAGCCCUGCGAGUCCGCAGCCAGUUUGUAAGGCGGAGAUCGUCGUCGAGGCGGAGAAUCGCUUCCAGAAACACCACGUGCUGAGCAAUUUGUACGACGCGCCGGACGGCGCGCGGCCCCAACACAGAAGCCUGCCGGCCACGCCGGCCAAAUUCGCCGUCAACCCGCCGGACUUGGCCAACGGUUACUUCAGCCAGGACGAUUUGUUCUCGAGUCUACCGUCGGAUAAUCGGCCGAGUUUGAGCAGCGACACGUACAAGAGCUUGAGCAACAACACCGCUUACGAUCCGGCUAGUUCCAAUUGUAACAUACCCGAAUUGCCGUUCGACGAGGCCACGUUGAACGGUUACUCGAACAAUAACAGUCCGUCGAAAGUCGCGGAGGAUUUUCGAGUAGAGUUUGUUAACGAACGCAACGGAGGGCUCGAGGAACAGGAGAAGAAUAUGUCGCAAUUUAAUUCGUUCGGUAGCAGCCCCCCGCGAAAUGUAGACGAUGCCAAGCAUUUAGAAUUGAAUACGUUGGAUACGAAUAGGUGA